GUGACGCCUAUGUGUUCAGUUGUCACUUUCUUGGUGUCCGGCGGUGACAGGAUUUGUGUUGACUGCUGGCUCCCUCCAGUUUUCUCUGCGGCUAUGCAUGCUUGGACAAGGAGCAGGCUUGCUGGGAAUUAUCAUUGCUGCUUGUGUCAUCCUCGGACACCCCCUUUUUCCUCCUCCCUCCUCUAUAGUCUGUCUGACUGAUACAGACAGUCUCUUGUUUUAAGACAUGCAGCUGUUCCUAUCUGCACUCUCUCCCCGGGGGUACCCACUUCUCACGGACAGGCGGUCAGAGUGGUCCUAACAAGAGCCCUGUGAGCCGCUCUAGCUCCUUGUGAGCAGGCUUGGGCUCUGGGCCUCCUCAGUAGAAAUAGAACCCACAUUGCUUGACUUCCUUCUAUAAGACAUGGAAAAUAAGGCAUAUAAAGUAGAAGGUACGUGGCACCUGCCACAUUGCAAACACACUCUGGAACGAGAGAAGAAGAAGACUAAGCCUCCGCCAGGAACAGUGUCUGUGGCCACCGGUAAGAGUGGACCUGCAGUUACCGUCAUAGAGAUUUCCCCUGAGACAACCGAGGUGAAUGACUAUUACCUGUGGUCCAUCUUCAACUUUGUCUACCUGAACUUCUGCUGCCUGGGCUUCAUUGCGCUGGCCUACUCCCUAAAGGUCAGAGACAAAAAACUCCUGAACGACCUUACUGGAGCCGUGGAGGAUGCAAAAACAGCACGACUGUUCAACAUAACAAGCUCAGCGCUUGCAACUCUCACAAUUAUCAUAGUGCUGUUGUACCUGCGCUCCCCGCCUGCUCACUAUUAGGCUCUAUGUAUACAGACUGUGAGUGAUAUCCAUUUUCAGAGUGGGAUAGCUCCUCAUCUUAUACUGAGACAGUGAGUCCUGUGCAGUAUGAUUAAAUGUAGCAGUGAGCCACUAAUAUCUCCUUUUCCUCAAAAAUGUCAACUAUAUCUUUCUCCGGACCACACUGUGAUGUCAUCAGGCCUAUCUGUAAGGCAGCCUCCAAUUGACCGAUGACAGCAAUUAUGCAAAACAUCAUCAGCGGGAGAGAUUUACAGCUCAGCACCGCAGGGGGAGAAGACUCAUUCAGUGAGAUUGGGCCGUCCCCUGGGCCCUUUCCUACUGUGCCUCAUCAAAACUGACCAAGCCUGUGAAUUUAGAGUGUCAUCUCUUGGGACAAGUGAUCACUUGCCCGAUCAAAUAAAGGACUAACGUUUUCUUAAAGAGUGUGUCAGUGUUGCAGGGGGGGUGGGGUGGCGGAUUGCAGGGGUAUGUUUGUCUGUCUUUAGAUCGUAGUUCAUUCAAUCCUUUCCACAAGUUUUUUCUUUCUUUUUUUUUUUUUUAGUAGCCAGGCCGAGUUAUAAAAUUUGUACUCACCUGCCCGAUCCCCCACUGCAAUUCCGCCAGUACCUGAUGACCACUUCCUCCCAAAACACAGGAAAUGCCCAUUCCCCUAAUUGCUCCCAACCCUUCCAGUAAUUGGCUCACUGGGCAUUUCCUCGUUUUGAGACAGGGACCAAACAAUAGAGAUCAGCAACGACCAGGCACCAUGAGAACAGCAGCAGCAGGGAAUCGGUCAGGUACGUACAGCUUUAUACAUUAAGGUUUCUAUGUGAAUUGUUUAGCCUUGUAUGUGUAUAGUUAAUCCAGAAUUGUAUAUGCGUGUUAUCAAUCCGGCUGGUAGAUCACUCUCCAGACCCAUGUCUGUUUGGUUAUAAAACUAAGGGCUUUUGUGUAGAUAUAGGCAAUUUCUACUUCCCCAGAAAUGAUUUGAGUAUGUAGUAGAAUUCUUUAAAAGGGGUUAUCCAGGAUUAGAAAAACAUAGCUGCUUUCUUCCAAAAACAGCAACAUGUCCUCAGUUUGUGUUUGAUAUUGCUGUUCAGUUCUGUUGAAGUGAAUGGAGAGGAGUCUGAGAACAGAUGUGGUGCUGUUUUUGGAAGAAAGUAGCUAUGAUUUUUUUAAAUCCUAAAUAACCCCUUUAAUCCAGCAUUCAAUUAUUCAAAAACAUCAGAUGACACAAGACUUGUUUCCAACUAGGGACAUCAUUUGUUUUAGUCUCCUGACUGUCAAAAAAAUCCAAAAUAUCCAUGCACCCUCCCAUUGAAACCGGUUUAAGAAAUUUAGCUGUAUAUGGCAAAUGGUAUAACAAAUAGCAAGUGCUAAAAUUAAUAAGGAAGAUCAAUAGGAAUAGUACUAGUUUUAGGUCAUACCAGUUUGUUGGGUUGUAACGUACAUAACUAUUUUGUAAAUCUCACAAAAUGUGAAAAGAAUAAAAUACAUAAAAUGUGUCUUUAAACAAUGA